AUGACUUCUCGGUCUCUUCCACGCCCACCAGCUGGUAGUAACGCUGUUACUGCCGGUUCGUCGACCGCUCGCCGAGCCGGUCGUAACGCUCCCUCUGCCACACCGUCGUCCCGCCGGGUCGACCGCUACGUCCCUGCCGACUCGCUCUUCCAGGCGCUGGAAGAAGCGACCGCUAACAAUGCGCCACCUGCGGACUUCAGGUCCAUCGCGAUGCUUGACGUCCAACGCGCGCGCGUUGCUGUCUCCGAAAAGUUAAAGCUUUUCAUUCCUUGCGGCACUGUCGCUGGAGCCUCUCAACUGGAUGAAAUCAUGCUUUCCAUCCACACGGAAGACCAAGCUGCGCUAUGA